AUGUCGGGCCCACAUCGUGGUAGUAAACCCUUCGACAUGUCACCCACAUCACCACAAACCCGGGAACGACGUCGGGCCAGUGGUGGCCACAGGCGAAGAGAUGAUGAUGAUUCCGGAUAUGUCGCCGAGACCACUCGAAGUCCUCCUAGGAGACCGACCUAUAAUUCUCAAGCAUCUGCAUCCGCCAGAGCGCCCCUCAAUCCCGCCGGUGCUACUGACCUAUCGCGAAAGAAGUCAUUGAUCAAACCGGAGCGCAAUAGGAUAACCAGGGACAAUCCACUAUAUAACUAUCACAAACAUGCACAGCAUAUGGACGUCCUUCCUUCAACUACGGGUAUCGAUCCUGAGACUGCCGACAUCAAUUCGCAACCCGGUUCCACCGCUCGUCCUGCCCCUGGACAAGCCCGACAUAGAUUGGAUACCAUGGACGAAGAAGCAUCUCCCUUGUCAUCGAAAACAGGCACUACUCGACAACCUAAUAAACUGUCCCGUCGCCAGACCGAGAAGGCUGAGAAAUAUCCUGAGAUGAAAGCCGCUGAGAAAAGGAAACGACAACAGGAAGUCCAGCCGCUCAGUUUGUGGACCGUGUAUUGCCAUGUAAUCACUUUCUGGUGCCCAAAUGCACUUCUUCGUUUGUUCGGCAAGACAAAAAAGGAACCUCAGCGAGCUUGGAGGGAAAAGAUCGGUCUCAUCAGCAUUAUCUUGUACUUCUGCGCAGCUGUCGGUUUCCUCACAUUUGGCUUCACUCAAACCGUCUGCGGUACACCUGGUGUCCGAUUGAAGGCAAACCAAAUCGACAGAGGUCUUAUGAUCAUUCACGGUGUCGCGUAUAAUCUUGUCGGGUCUCACCAUCCAGCUGCCGUCGGUAUCCCUCCUGGUGCAAAUGUCUUGUUCGACCUUCCUCAGAAAUGGGGUGGUUAUGACGCCAGCUUCCUGUUUCAGAAUGUCAACGGACAGUGCAAAGGAUUGAUCACCCUCGCCGAGAAUAGUGAUGUUCCAACCAACGCUGAUGGAGAUCUAGCUUGGUACUUCCCUUGCAAUCUGUUCAAGCAAGAUGGUUCUUCCCCAGCCAACUAUUCGAGCGGCGCAUAUCUCGGAUAUGCUUGUCAUACAACCGAUACCGCUCGAAGGGCAUACUACGGAUUGGACCCCGCUGGUGAAGUUUACUUUUCCUGGGAGGACUUGAAGAACGAUACCCGCAAGUUGCUUGUCUACUCCGGUAGCGUCCUUGAUCUCGGCCUUCUAGAUUGGUUCAAUACCUCGCAAGUUGCCUGGAAUCCUAUUUUUGACCAAAUCAAGAACGAUCCAACCUUGCUCGGCAAGGAUGUAACCCACAGGUUCCAAGGUCCGCACAAGCGAACCGCACAGUGUAUGGCCGAAAUCCUUCGCGUAGGUAGCAUCGACGUCGAAACUGUUGGAUGUAUCGCCUCACAGGUUGUUCUAUACGUUUCCCUUAUCUUCAUCGUCAGCAUUGUCCUCAUCAAGUUCUUCCUCGCUCUGUUUUUCGGUUGGUUCUUGUCAUGGAAGCUCAGUGCGGUCCGAAGCGCUAGCCAGGAAGACAAGAAGAAGAGACGGGAAGAAAUCGAAGCCUGGAGCAAUGACCCUCAAAGGCCAGCCCAGUUCCCCGAGAAGCCGAAGCGAGCUAGCUUCUUACCUGCUACUAGCAGGUUCACACAGGGUACCGGACCGGCCAAGGGCAAACCCAGCCCUACCACCAUGGGAUCCCAGAGUUCUAGCCGAGCUCUCCUGCCUCCGAACGCUGUCUAUGGUAAUACCACUGGUAGUCGAUCUUCUAUGCUCGGCAGCAACUUGGAUGUGAGCCGCCUCUCUGGACACUUCAAUGACCGCCACUCUGCCAUCUUUAGCGAACCGACCAGCUCUUAUAUCCACGAAUCCGUUGUCCCUCAACCACCACCAGAGUUCCAGCCAUGGGGAUUCCCAUUGGUUCACACCAUCUGUCUUGUCACUGCCUAUUCCGAGGGUGGUUCAGGUCUUCGUGCUACUUUUGACUCCAUCGCGACUACCGAGUACCCAAACAGCCACAAGGUCAUUCUCGUCGUCUGCGACGGUAUUGUUACUGGUGCGGGUGAAGAUGCCCCGACCCCGGAUCUCUGUCUUGAAAUGAUGAAGGACUUCGUUACACCACCAAAGCAAGUUGAGGCAUUCUCGUAUGUCGCUAUUGCUGUCGGCCGAAAGCGUCACAACAUGGCAAAGGUUUAUGCCGGGUUUUACGACUAUGGGCAGGACAGCAAGGUUCCUAAGGAAAGCCAACAGCGUGUCCCAAUGCUUCUCGUCGUCAAGUGUGGUACCGAGUCCGAGCAAACUGAGAAGAAGCCUGGUAACAGAGGCAAGCGCGAUUCCCAAAUCGUCCUAAUGUCCUUCCUUCAACGUGUUAUGUUUGACGAACGUAUGACCGAGCUCGAAUACGAAAUGUUCAGUGGUUUAUGGAGUAUUACCGGUAUCUCCCCGCAAUAUUAUGAGAUAGUGCUCAUGGUGGACGCCGAUACCGUUGUUUUCCCGGAUUCCUUGACACACAUGACGGCUGCUAUGGUUCGCGAUCCCGAAAUUAUGGGUCUAUGUGGUGAAACGAAAAUUGCCAACAAGACGGACAGCUGGGUUAGCAUGAUUCAAGUUUUCGAAUACUUCAUCUCUCAUCAUCUUACAAAGGCUUUCGAGUCCGUGUUUGGUGGUGUUACCUGUCUGCCCGGUUGCUUCUGCAUGUACCGCAUCAAGGCUCCCAAGGGUGCUCAGAACUACUGGGUCCCGAUCCUGGCCAACCCAGAUGUUGUCGAACACUACUCCGAAAAUGUCGUCGAUACCCUGCACAAGAAGAACUUGCUCCUCCUCGGUGAAGAUCGUUACCUUACGACUCUCAUGUUGAAGACUUUCCCCAAGCGAAAGCAGAUUUUCGUUCCCCAGGCCGUCUGCAAAACGAUUGUCCCGAACAAAUUUAUGGUCUUGCUCUCCCAACGUCGUCGAUGGAUUAACUCUACUGUUCACAAUCUCAUGGAACUUGUUCUCGUCCGAGAUCUCUGUGGUACUUUCUGCUUCAGUAUGCAAUUUGUUGUGUUCAUCGAACUCAUCGGUACUGUCGUCUUGCCAGCUGCCAUCUCGUUCACAAUCUACCUCAUCGUCAUCUCCAUUGUUUCACGCCCGGUGCCAGUCAUCCCAUUGGUCCUCCUCGGUCUUAUCCUCGGUCUCCCAGCUAUUCUCAUUGUGCUCACCGCCCACAAGUGGGUCUACGUCCUUUGGAUGUUGUGCUAUCUCUGCUCCCUGCCAAUUUGGAAUUUCGUUCUUCCCGUGUACGCUUUCUGGAAGUUUGACGACUUCUCUUGGGGUGAAACGAGAAAGGUUUCCGGAGACAAGGGCGGAGCACAUGAUGAAGAGGAUGGCGAAUUUGAUAGUGACAAAAUCGUCAUGAAGAGAUGGAGGGAUUUCGAAAAGGAUAAAGCACUUCGUGUAGCGACGGCUCGCGAUACGGGAUCUCUCGCAGGAUGGUCUAAUCAAUCAUCCUCGCAAGAUAGCACGCAUCAAUGGGGCCCUCCUCAACUUCAAACCCCUUAUUUUGAAGCAGAGUACUGA